GACCCAAGGGGCCUUCGAGGUGCUUUAGGCGGCUUGCCUUCGUCUCAGAAUCGCUGCCGCCAUGGCUAGUCAGUCGCAGGGGAUUCAGCAGCUGCUGCAGGCCGAGAAGCGGGCAGCCGAGAAGGUGUCCGAGGCCCGUAAAAGAAAGAACCGGAGGCUGAAGCAGGCCAAAGAAGAAGCUCAGGCUGAAAUUGAACAGUACCGCCUGCAGAGGGAGAAAGAAUUCAAGGCCAAGGAAGCUGCGGCACUGGGAUCCCAUGGCAGUUGCAGCACUGAAGUGGAGAAGGAGACCCAGGAGAAGAUGACCAUCCUCCAGACCUACUUCCGGCAGAACAGGGAUGAAGUCUUGGAUAACCUCUUGGCUUUUGUCUGUGACAUUCGGCCAGAAAUCCAUGAAAACUACCGCAUAAAUGGAUAGAAGAAGAGAGAAGCACCUGUUCUGUGGAGUGGCAUUUUAGAUGCCCUCAUGAAUAUGAAGCUUUAGCACAGCUGUAGUUACAUUCUUUUGAAAUGGCAUUAAAUUAUUUCCAUAUAUUAUAUAGUAGGUCCUUCCACUUUUUGGGCAGUAGCAAAUCUAGCUUUUUUGUACAGACUUAGAAAUUAUCUAAAGAUUUCAUCUUUUUACCUCAUAUUUCUUAGGAAUUUAAUGG